AUGGAUGAUAAGAGGUCGAGAGUGUCUGAUUAUACGGUUUCUGAAAAGACUCCUGCGACACCACGUAUCCCAGGGAAAACUGUCAGAAGGGCGUGGGGAUUCCUUCACAGGGCGUUAUUUUAUCUUUCUCAACACUACUGCUCAUGGUUUAAUAUCCCUUUCAACGCCCAGAUUGUGCAAUUACCAUUUGGUCUUGUCAUGAAAUGGACAGACCGAACCAGCAUCGAGGAAGCAGCAGCAGCAAUGCAAAUGGCAGCUGCUGCCGGAAUCCCCGUUCCAAAAUUCCUCAGUUGUGGCGAACAUCCAGCUGAUCCAUUCAAUCGAAGGAUUUCCAUCCUGAUGACAAGGAUACCUGGCGUGCCACUGGAGAACUCGUUUGAUCCACUGCAAGUCGAGACUGAGGAGCCGUGGCUAAAUGAAUUGCGGACAUGCGUACACUCCAUGCGUCGAUGGUGUCUUCCCAAUCCAACCGCUAUUUGCUCACCACUUGGGACCUGUUUACGGAGUCCUCGAAUCCCUUCUCAUAUCAUGGGACCGUUUGCAAAUACAGAUGACUUUUAUGAAUAUCUUCUUACCCCGGCCUCGUCCCAUGGGUUCGAAUCGAUUGUGGAAUACAAUCAAGUCUUGUCCUGUGCAAGAAGAAUUCAAGACCGCCCUCAUCGGAUUAUGUUUACGCAUGGGGAUUUCAAAGCCCAUAAUAUUGUCGUUGAUGAUGAUGGUCAUUUAUCGGGGUUUUCGGAUUGGGAGUCGGCCGGCUGGUAUCCGGAGUACUGGGAGUUUACGACUGCGAUGCGCUUUGGGAGAGGGAGUUGGUGGUUUCAGGUGGCGGAGUGGAUGGGGGGUGAUCAGUAUGCUGAUGAGUUGGCUUCGGAUAUUGCCUUGAAUGAGCUGACAGUCGACUCCUACAUAGCGAUGUAG